AUGUUGCUCAAUCUUCAGGUCGCUGCUAGCGCUUUGUCGCUUUCUCUUCUAAAUGGGCUGGCUGAAGCUGCUACGCCUUACACACUUCCUGACUGUACCAAGGAACCUCUGAGCAAAAAUGGAAUUUGCGACACCUCUUUAUCUCCUGCCAAAAGAGCCGCUGCUUUAGUCGCUGCCCUGACGCCCGAGGAGAAGGUGGGAAAUUUGGUCAGCAAUGCGACUGGUGCACCAAGAAUCGGACUUCCAAGAUACAACUGGUGGAACGAAGCCCUCCAUGGUCUUGCCGGAUCUCCAGGUGGCCGCUUUGCCGAUACUCCUCCCUACAAUGCCGCCACGUCAUUCCCCAUGCCUCUUCUUAUGGCCGCUGCUUUCGACGAUGACCUGAUCCACGAUAUCGGCAAUGUCGUCGGCACCGAAGCCCGUGCGUUCACCAACGGUGGCUGGCGCGGAGUCGACUUCUGGACUCCUAAUGUCAACCCCUUCAAAGAUCCACGCUGGGGUCGCGGCUCCGAAACCCCCGGUGAAGAUGCUCUUCACGUCAGCCGCUAUGCUCGAUACAUCGUUAGAGGUCUUGAAGGCGAUAAGGAGCAGCGACGUAUUGUUGCGACAUGCAAGCAUUACGCGGGAAACGACUUUGAGGACUGGGGAGGUUUCACGCGCCAUGACUUUGAUGCCAAGAUUACUCCUCAGGAUUUGGCUGAGUACUACGUCAGACCAUUCCAGGAGUGCACCCGUGAUGCAAAGGUCGGCUCCAUCAUGUGCGCCUACAACGCGGUCAACGGUAUCCCCGCGUGCGCAAACUCUUAUCUCCAGGAGACGAUUCUCAGAGGGCACUGGAACUGGACGCGCGAUAACAACUGGAUCACUAGUGAUUGCGGAGCUAUGCAGGAUAUCUGGCAAAAUCACAAGUAUGUCAAGACCAACGCUGAAGGUGCCCAGGUGGCUUUUGAGAACGGCAUGGAUUCUAGUUGUGAGUAUACUACUACCAGCGACGUCUCCGACUCCUACAAGCAAGGUCUCUUGACCGAGAAGCUCAUGGAUCGUUCGUUGAAACGUCUUUUUGAAGGGCUUGUUCAUACUGGCUUCUUUGACGGUUCCAAAGCACAAUGGAACUCGCUCAGCUUUGCGGAUGUCAACACCAAGGAGGCUCAGGACCUCGCACUCAGAUCUGCUGUCGAGGGUGCAGUUCUUCUUAAGAACGACGGUACUCUGCCUCUGAAGCUCAAGAAGAAGGACAGUGUUGCUAUGAUCGGAUUCUGGGCAAACGAUACAUCUAAGCUGCAGGGCGGAUACAGUGGUCGUGCUCCCUUCCUCCACAGCCCGCUUUACGCAGCUGGGAAGCUUGGUCUUGACACCAACGUAGCUUGGGGUCCGACGCUGCAGAACAGCUCGUCUCACGAUAACUGGACUGUCAAUGCUGUAGCAGCGGCGAAGAAGUCUGAUUACAUUCUCUACUUUGGCGGUCUUGACGCCUCAGCUGCUGGCGAGGACAGAGACCGGGAGAACCUCGACUGGCCUGAGAGCCAACUGACUCUGCUCCAGAAGCUCUCUAGUCUUGGGAAGCCACUGGUUGUUAUACAGCUUGGCGAUCAAGUAGAUGACACUGCUCUUCUGAAGAACAAGAAGAUCAACAGUAUUCUUUGGGUUAACUACCCUGGUCAGGAUGGCGGCACUGCAGUCAUGGAUUUACUCACCGGGCGUAAGAGCCCAGCUGGUCGACUACCUGUCACACAAUAUCCCAGUAAAUACACUGAGCAGAUUGGCAUGACUGAUAUGGAUCUGCGACCUACCAAGUCGUUACCUGGAAGGACUUAUCGCUGGUAUUCGACUCCAGUUCUGCCCUACGGUUUCGGCCUCCACUACACCACCUUCAAAGCCGAGUUCAAGGCUAACAAGUUGACCUUCGACAUCCAGAAACUUCUCAAGGGCUGCAGUGCUCAAUACUCUGAUACUUGUGCUCUGCCUCCCCUCCAACUCAGCGUCAAGAACACUGGUCGCAUUGCCUCCGACUUUGUAUCUCUCGUCUUUAUCAAGAGUGAAGUUGGACCGAAGCCAUACCCGCUCAAGACACUUGCGGCUUAUGGUCGUUUACAUGACGUCGCGCCGUCUUCAACCAAGGAUAUCUCACUUGAGUGGACGCUGGAUAACAUUGCGCGAAGGGGAGAGAAUGGUGAUUUGGUUGUUUAUCCUGGGACUUACACUCUGUUGUUGGACGAGCCUACGCAAGCCAAGGUCCAGGUUACCUUGACUGGAAAGCAGGCUACUUUGGACAAUUGGCCCCAGGAUCCCAAGUCUUCCUGA